AUGUCCGACCAAGAUGCUCAUCCAAACAAAUACAGCGAAUUGCGAAGUAACUACAAAUACUAUAUCGAUAUAUGCAAUGCGUUAUAUCAGUUGAAAACGGAAAAAGAAGAAGAAUUAAACUCAAUUUUCAAAAUGAUCAAAACAGAAUUGAUUGAUUCAAAUAAAUAUCCUCCCCAAAAUAUGAUAAAAGAUGUUUUGUAUAUCAUUUCGUACAAUAAUCGCUAUGCAAAGUCAUAUUUAUAUCUUGCCAAACUCAUAUCUGAUGAAUAUCAUGUCAAAGAGGUCAAUAUUGUCACACAUAUCUUAAACUUCCUAUUUUAUAAUGAAUAUGGAAUUAAAUUAGACAAAUCUGCCGAUUUUGAAAAAGUUAAUUCAGAAAAUCUCGAUAUUCAUGCAGAAAAUACAAUUUACAGAGCAAUUAUGUAUAAUGACUUAGAAAUAUUUAUCUCAUUCACAGAAAGAGAUGGAUUUGAUAAAGAUCAAAAACUUAAAAGUAAUUUAUAUCCAUAUUCUAAGAAAAGAUAUUCAUUACUUGAAUUAUGUUGUUACCACGGAGCAGUUGAUUGUUUCAAGUUAUUAAGAUCGAAAUUUAACUCAGAAAUAACUGGAACAUGUCUUCAAUUUUCAUUUUUAGGAAGAAACAAAGAGAUCCUGAAUGAAUGUUUGAAAUAUAAAACACCAAAUACAGAAUGCAUGAAAUAUGCAAUUAUUUCACACAACAUUGAUUUUGUCACAUUCUUGAUGAAUGAGUACAAAAUAAAGAUCAAUGUAGAAUACUGCGGAAUUUACAAUAAUCUUGAAUCCUUUUUAGUUUAUUUCGAUCAAACUAUUGAUUUUGACAAAUGCUUUGUUUAUACACCGAUAUUUAAUAUUCCAUCCCUCAUCGAAUACUUCCUUUCACACGGUGUAAACAUCAAUGAAAAAAAUGAAAGUGGAAAAACUGCACUUCAUUAUGCAGCAUAUUAUAAUUGUAAAGAAUCUGUUGAAGUUCUCAUUUCACAUGGUGCAAAUAUCAAGGAAAAAGAUGAAUAUGUAAAAACCGCACUUCAUUCUGCAGCAUAUUGUAAUAGUAAAGAAACCGCUGAAAUUCUUAUAUCGCAUGGUAUAAAUAUCAAUGAAAAAAAAAAUAAAUCUGGAGAAACUGCACUUCAUUCUGCAGCAUAUUGUAAUAGUAAAGAUGCUGCCGAAGUUCUCAUUUCACAUGGCGCUAAUAUCAAUGAAAAAAAUGAAAUCGGAAAAACUGCAAUUCAUUAUGCAGCAUAUUAUAAUAGUAAAGAAACCGCUGAAAUUCUUAUAUCGCAUGGUAUAAAUAUCAAUGAAAAAAAAUAA